AUGACAGGCGAAAAACUGACGUUGUGCGCAUACUUACCGAGUAUGCUUGAACAGUCAAGUGCAAGUGUCCAUAAAGAGCUUCAAUUUGGCGUAGACGCUCGUGCUAAGCUUUUGCGCGGUGUUGACAUUUUGGCCAAAUCUGUCGCUGUGACCAUGGGACCAAAAGGUCGCAAUGUAUUGAUAGAGCAGCCUUAUGGUUCUCCUAAAAUUACCAAGGACGGUGUUACUGUUGCUAAGGCCAUAUCACUGGAAGAUAAAUUUGAAAAUCUUGGUGCUCGUCUUGUUCAAGAUGUAGCUAACAAGACGAACGAAGUGGCUGGUGAUGGUACAACUACUGCUACUGUUUUGACUCGUGCCAUUAUUGCCGAAGGUGUGAAAAAUGUAGCCGCUGGGUGCAAUCCCAUGGACCUUCGUCGUGGUGUUCAAAUGGCCGUGAGUGCAGUGGUUGACUUCUUGAAGCAAAAUUCCAAGGUUAUCACCACUCCUCAAGAAAUCGCUCAAGUAGCCACUAUUUCUGCUAAUGGCGAUAAACAUGUGGGUGAUGUGAUUGCCCAGGCCAUGGAGCGAGUGGGUAAAGAAGGGGUAAUUACUGUAAAGGCUGGUAAAACUAUGAGUGAUGAAUUGGAUGUGACAGAAGGUAUGCGAUUCGAUCGCGGUUUCAUCAGCCCUUAUUUCAUCAACGAUACCAAAUCCCAACGUGUCGAAUUCGAAAAACCACUUAUUUUGCUAUCUGAAAAGAAAAUUUCUCUAUUGAGCGAUGUGAUGCCAGCAUUAGAAGCGGCCGCUACUCAAAGACGACCUCUUUUGAUUGUUGCCGAAGACUUAGAUGGUGAAGCUUUGGCCGCUUGUAUUUUGAACAAGCUCCGUGGUCAGCUUCAAGUAGCUGCAGUCAAAGCUCCUGGGUUCGGUGACAAUCGUCGUAACAUCUUGCAUGACCUUGGUGUUUUAACUCAAUCCACUGUCUUUUCGGACGAUGCCGACCUCAAGUUAGAAAAAGCAACCCCGGAACUUUUCGGUUCAUCAGGCUCAGUCACUAUUACAAAAGAGGAUACUACUAUUUUGAAUGGAGCUGGUUCAAAGGAUGCCAUCGAACAACGUUGUGAACAAAUUCGCGGUGUUAUUGCCGAUCCUAGCACAUCUGAUUAUGAAAAGGAAAAACUGCAAGAACGACUUGCCAAGCUUUCUGGUGGCGUAGCUGUCAUCCAUGUUGGAGGGGCUUCUGAGGUGGAGGUGGGUGAGAAAAAGGAUCGCUAUGACGAUGCUCUCAAUGCUACGAGAGCAGCUGUUGAAGAAGGUAUUGUUCCUGGAGGUGGUGUUGCGCUUUUGAAGGCCGCCAACGCACUCAGCAAUUUGAAGGGGGCCAAUUUUGAUCAGCAGUUGGGCAUCAAUAUCAUUCGUCAAGCCAUUCAAAAUCCUUGCCGAACCAUUGUAGACAAUUCAGGCGGUGAAGGCUCUGUCGUAAGCGGUAAACUCUUGGAGAAAACAGAUAAUAUCAAUUGGGGUUAUGAUGCCUCUACUGGUGAAUACUGCGAUAUGAUUGAACGUGGUAUUAUUGACCCCACCAAGGUUGUACGUACUGCACUCGUUGAUGCUUCUGGUGUAGCUUCUCUCUUGACAACUUCUGAAUGCGUGAUAACUGAUGCUCCUACCAAAACUAGCAGCGGUAUGCCUGCUGGAAUGCCUGGUAUGAUGUAG